GUUAGGUAUUGACAUUAAAGCCGGGAGUUUGGCCCAAUAGAUAGUUGUUCAAUAAUAGUUAUUCAAUAAUAAUUAUAAAAUUUAAAUUCUUAUAAAAUAUUUGUUUUCUAUAUUAUUAAUAAUUAUAAAGAUAUAAGAUUACUUGUUUUACAAAAAAAUGUUCAAAUUCGGUAAUUUAUUUCGAUCACUACCAUCAGUCACCUCUAUUGUACCUGUUCGAUUCCGUGCUCGUAAAGGUACUAGAGAAAGGAAAGCUAAAAUACAUCAAAAGAAUAAAGCUGCUAAUUUAGCUAAAGCAAGAAAAACUAUGACUUUAUUAAAAAAAAAACAAAUAGGAAAAUCCAGCCGUACCAUAGAAAAAUUCCAUUGGCGAGUACCUACUGAUGAUGUUUAUAAUGGAAUAUUUUAUCAAUUACGACGGUAUAAUCUUGUAGAUGCUAUUCUAGCCCAUCGUGAACUUCAUCAUCCAACACAAAUGAAUUUACCAAAUGCAUCUUUAAAUAUUCGCUUAGAAUUAGAUUUAUCUACUGAUAAAAAAAAUAAAUUUGUUAGUAAAUACAGCCAAAUAAUUGAGAUGCCUUACCCUUAUGAUCAUGGUGAAGAUAGAACUAUUCUUGCUUUUUGUCAAACUGAGAAAAUGAUGGAUGAAGCUAGAAGUGCUGGUGCUAUGCUAGUUGGUGGAAAAGAUAUUAUUAAGCAAAUAGAGAGAGGACUUAUAAUGUUACCUGAUUUCCAAUAUGUCCUAGCUCAUCCUGAUAUAUUGACUGAAUUAACUGCUAUCCGAGGAUUAUUAAGGAGACGUUAUCCGACUCUUCAAAAUGGUGCAUUAACACUUAAUUUGAUAUCCAUGAUUAAACUUUACAUGAAAGGUGUCAGAUAUAAUAUGACAGUUGAUCCAUAUGAUGAAUCAUUAGGAGUUGUAGAAAUGAAAAUUGGCCAAAUUUCAGAUGAGACUGAUCAUUUAGUAGAAAACUUAAAAACAUUGUUUAGAGACGUAAUAACAAGAGCUCCUAAGAAAAAUGAAUCAUCUCCCUUCAUAACAAGGUGUUUAGCACAAACACCGUCUUCAAGAGAGAAAUUUAACAUAGACUUAUCCCCAUACUCAAAUUCUCACGAAGAAGAAGAUUCUGAAUCUGAUUCAGAUGAAGAAGAAGAAAUAAAAAAAACACAAAGAGCUUAAAAUAAAAAAUUGUUAAAACUUUAGUAUUUUGUUAAGUGUGAAAAAUAUUUAAUAAAAAAAUGUCUAGAUAUAGUUAUCAUUUUUA